AUGGACGGAAUCAGCCUUCUAAACCCUUUGCCACUCUGUCAGGAGAAGGAAUACGGCGAGGUAUCGACAGAGAAAACAACAGCUAGAAAGCUUCACGAAGCCGCCAUGAACGGUGAGGUACAAGCUCUCUUGGAACUCUUCCACGAAGGGCCCAACAUCCUCACCUCAACGUCACCGUCUUCUUCAAUCUAUGACCCGCCCCUGCACGUAGCGACUUUUCUGGGCCACCUUGACUUCGCCAGAGAGCUACUACGUCGAAAGCCGGAGCUCGCCGGAGAUAUUAAUUCUGAUGGUUCGACGCCCCUUCACAUUGCUGCGGCCAAAGGGUACACGGAGAUCGUGAAAUAUUUGUUGCUGGUGAACCCGGAUGUGUGCCUUGUCUUGGACCGUGAGCGGAGAUCUCCGGUUCACAUCGCCGCAAUCAAGGGCUGGGUAGAGAUUCUGGCCGAGUUGAUCCGGGUCAAACCAGAGUCGGCCUCGAUGUUGACCGGCGAAGGAGAGAGUUGUUUACACUUGUGUGUUAAGUAUAACCGUUUGGAGGUCUUGAAGGCGCUGGUUGAUUCUGUCAAAAAGGAUGAUUUGGUCAAUUGGAAAGAUGGUGAGGGUAACACUGUCCUGCAUCUUGCAGUGGCCAAGAAGCGGAUUGAGGUAUGUCUUUUAUCUCCCUCCUUCCCUAGCAAAUUAGUGGUUUUUAAUUUCAAAACCCUGGUACCAAUCCACAAUCAACCAUUAUUGUUAAUUUUAGCAGCCCUUUGA